AUGGAGUGGAUCAUUCUACUCUUACUAAUAUGUGCAGCUUUAUCUCAACAAUGUCCUGUCGAUUGUAUGUGCAAAGGCACAACGGUGGAUUGUUCUUCCAAAAAUUUGAAUGCAUUCCCCGACAAGAUCCCGGAGUAUACAACUGAAUUAAUACUCAGUAAUAAUAAUAUAAUGGCUCUGCGUAAAGUGGACGUCGAACAAUUGAAGGAAUUAAAAAGUUUAGAAUUGAAAAAUAAUUCAAUUAGUGAGAUUGAACAGAAUAUUCUCGACGUUCUUCCGGAAUUAACUAAAUUGGGAUUGGAUAUGAACAAAUUGAGAAGCAUUCCACAAUUGGCUUCAAAUCCACACUCAAAAAUUGAGACGUUGAAUUUCAGUGAAAACAUGAUUUCGAAAGUUGAUAAAUCGAUUAUUAAAGAAAACCCGACUGUGAAAGUGUUCACGAUUUCAAAAAAUCGCCUCCAAUCGCUUCCCAAUAAUUUUUUUCCAAGACAUCGUUUUCUUGAAAAUUCGUCGUUGAGGAGAAACCCGUGGACUUGCGAUUGCAGAAUUCUCCAAGUCAAAAAAUAUGCCGAAUAUCUAAUGAAGAUUGAUGCGAAUAACCAAUUCACUCCACGAUGUCUCUUCCCUCCACACCUCAAGGGCGAAUUGCUAACAGAUAUACCCGAUGAAAAGCUGCAAUGCUCGAAGCCGAUUAUAGUCGCACAUCGUGACGAAAAAAUAUUUGAUUGCCCAGUGGAGAAAGAAGAUUCCGUUCGAUUCAAAGUUACAUGGCUUGAUAAAAAUCUUGAUCCCGUUCUACCUGACGAUGAACUUCAUCAACUUCGUAACGGAUCUUUAGUGACUUCACCACUGUCAUCAAAGCAGAGAAACUCGAGAUUCACGCUUCAUUUCACAUUCCAGCAACCUCCAACUUCAUCUCGCGAUGGCGAAGUUUUGGAUUUGGUCUGCGAAGCUGCUGGUAAUCCAUCUCCAACUAUCUCAUGGAUGUUCGGCUCAACGAAAAUUAUUGAAUCCAGAAAACAUAAACUAAUGCGUGGAGGCCGAACACUCCGCAUUUGGCCAUUUUUGGAAUCUGACGUCGGUAAAUACACGUGUAUCGCCAAAAAUGACAACGGCGCUAUUAGUCACACAGUUCCCGUAACAUUAAUAAGCAGCGAAAAACCAAACAUUUUUGAUCCUCCUAUGGAAACUAAAGCCAAUAUUGGACAAUCGGUCACAUUACGAUGCAAAGCACGAGGGGUUCCAAAGCCAGAUAUUGUUUGGUUGUUCGAAGGAACGCGCAUUCCUAGAAAAAACACUCGUUACACAAUUUCUGAUGACAAUACCGAACUUAACAUUGAGAAAGUGACAAGACAUGAUUCUGGAGUUUAUACAUGCCAGGCAGUGAGCACAGCCGGAUCGGAUGUGGCUCAAGCAACCAUGACUGUUGGACAGGAAUUGACGAAUCAGGUUGAUGAACUGUUGAGUAAAGAAACAAUUGAUAUGAUUGCUAUGCAAGCGAAGGGUAAUGUGGAAAGCGCCUAUAAAUCGACCAAAGAAUCUUUGAAAAUCGACAAAAUUGAAAAUCCGCAGGACCUCCGAAAGCUUUUCAAGUUUGCCAUUCCACUUAAGAAAGUUGACUUGGGAAAAGCUCGCGAAAUCUACGAAGAAAGUUUGCGCUUGGUUCAAAUCCACAUUGAUAAAGGGCUCAAACUCAGCCCAACUGUUAUUGCUCCAAACGUUUCUUACGAAGCAGUUCUUCCCGUGAACUACGUUCAAACUCUCAUGGAGAAAUCAGGAUGUCAAACUGGCCAAUUUGUGGAAAGUUGCGAUGACAUUUGCUUCUUCUCCAAAUAUCGCUCGUACGAUGGCCAAUGCAACAAUUUUGAGCACCCGAUGAGAGGGGUUUCUGAAAUGGCAUUCCUUCGUCUUCUGCCUCCACGUUAUGAAAAUGGAUUCAAUACUCCUGUUGGAUGGGAAAAAGGGAAGCUUUAUAAUGGCUUCGAAGUACCCAACGCACGUAAAGUCUCACGACUUCUGAUCGGCACUGACGAAAUUACUCCACACGAUCAUUUAUCGUCAAUGACGAUGCAAUGGGGCCAAUUUAUUGAUCAUGAUAUGACAUUGACUGCGCCUGCUUUAACCCGUCAUAGUUACAAAGAAGGAGCUUUUUGUAACAGAACAUGUGAAAAUAUUGAUCCUUGCUUCAACAUUCAAUUGGAACCAGAUGAUCCAAAAUUGCAUACUGGACUCUACCAAAAGUAUCCGUGCAUGGAAUUUGAACGAAACGGAGCAAUUUGCGGUAGUGGUGAAACUUCUCCGAUCUUCCAAAGAGUUACAUACCGUGAUCAGAUGAAUGUGCUUACAUCUUAUCUAGACGCAUCUGGAAUUUAUGGAAACAGUGAAGAGCAGGCACUCGCAUUGCGAGAUUUGUUUAGUGAUCAUGGAUUGCUGCGAUUUGAUAUUGUUUCUGCCGCGAACAAACCAUAUUUGCCGUUUGAGAAAGAGGAUGACAUGGAUUGCCGAAGAAACUAUUCUCGUGAAAAUCCGAUUAAUUGCUUCUUGGCUGGUGAUAUUCGAGCUAAUGAACAAUUGGGACUGAUGUCAAUGCAUACAAUUUUCAUGAGAGAACACAAUCGAAUUGCUGGAAAAUUAUUGGAAGCGAACGAAAACUGGGACGGAGAAACAAUUUUCCAAGAAACAAGAAAAAUAAUUGGAGCCAUUCUGCAAAAGAUUACUUACGAUGAUUGGUUGCCAAAAAUUCUUGGAAGAGCUACGUAUAACGAAGUAAUUGGCCCUUAUAAAGGUUAUAAUCCCGAUGUCGAUGCGACAAUUUCCAACGAAUUUGCUACUGCAGCUUUAAGAUUUGCGCACACUCUCAUUAACCCUCAAUUGUUCCGAUUUGACAAAAACUUUACCGUAAUAAAAGAGGGCCAUAUUCCACUGCAUAAUGCAUUUUUUGCUCCUGAGCGUUUGGUGUCCGAAGGUGGAGUUGAUCCAAUUCUUCGUGGAUUGUUUGCAGCUCCGAUUAAAUUGCCAAAACCGGAUCAGAUCUUGAACAAGGAGUUAACAGAAAAACUCUUCAAUAAAUACCACGAGGUCGCUUUGGAUUUGGCUGCAUUCAAUAUUCAACGUGGUCGAGAUCACGGAUUACCGACAUGGACUGAAUACCGAAAAUUUUGUAACCUAUCGGUCCCGAAGACGUGGAACGAUUUGAAAUCAAUUGUGCAAGACGAGACGGUAAUUUUGAAGUUGGAAAAGCUAUAUGGCUCUCCAGAAAACAUUGAUUUAUGGGUAGGCGGUGUAACCGAGAAGAGAACGUCCGAAGCAUUGAUGGGGCCAACAUUGGCAUGUAUCAUCGCUGAUCAAUUCCGACGUACGCGAGACGGUGAUCGAUUUUGGUACGAGAAUGAUGAGGUUUUCACAAAGAUGCAGUUGCGACAAAUCAAAAAAGUGACGUUGGCAAAAAUAAUUUGUAUGAACGGUGACGAUAUUGAUCGUGUCCAGCGCGACAUUUUUGUCUAUCAUGGCGACAAAAUGCAAUUUUAUGAAAAGUGUGAGAAUCUUCCUGAAAUGAACUUGAAUAUGUGGACGACAUGCUGCGAUACCACUUGUUCUCUUUCAGCAGGUGUCACAAGAAACACCGUUGACGAGGUCAAGAAGAGAAAGAGAAGGGACAAGAAUUUGAAGGUUUGCACUGAAAAUAAGAAAGUAUAUCGUAGCGGUGAAAAAUGGAUCAACUCUGACGAUAAAUGCGUUCAGUGCAUGUGCGAUGAUGCUUCUUUCGCAAUGGAAUCGAUUCACGAGCAACACUGCGAUAACUGUUUCAAUGGGAGAUGUGAUUAUUCGCAAUGCACCCUCAAUGAAUGCGCAUUUUGUUUUGUGAAGUUACACAGUUGCAAAAUACCGGAUCAUGUGGAAAAUAUUUGCAGAAAGUCAACGAUUAAAUGCCCUAAUUUCACAUAUGGAUGCCCACACAAAUUUAUGAGAUUUAAAAUGAGUAGUCAUUUGGAAAACUGUCCGUGCAGUGUUGUCGUAUGUGGAAGAGAACGGUCCAGAAAGGCGCAAAACAAAUCAAACACGACGAUGCUGAAGAAUUGGGGAAAGUCACCAACCAGAUGGGACUUUAAGCUUGAAGAUAAAGAUAUUGAUGUUGGUUUGGCACUUAUUGACCAGAUUGAUUUAAAUGUGGAAAACCUACCCGAAAGCAUGAUUAAAAAUGAUAAUGCAAGCGUUGUCAAGAAUGGUGGAAAAUUGUACACGUUUAGAUGCCUUAAAAUUGUCAAGCGUACUGAAUUUGCAAAUCAUUCAUUGAUGCAGCACUCCCUAACGACUGAUCAGAUGGAACUCUGGGUGACUCGAUUGAUGAAUUAUUUGUCGAACUUUUGCAUUAAGGAGGACAACUUCUGCCAAAAUCCAACCGAAAUGGGACCAACCAUGUUUGAAAAUUUGCCGUUAUGGUUAUACGAACAUCUUUCCCAGUUUUUGACUGGAACGGCUUUAUUCAAUCUUUCAAGCACUAACAGAAUUGUAAGAGCCAAAGUGUUUGCGGCAUGUCGCAGUCAUACAUAUAUUGAUCAGAAAUGGGUGAAACCCAAUCCGGAUGGCGGAUGGAUAACCGAAAAACCUGUAAAGAAAAACAUUUUAAUAACUUGA